CGCCCGCCCCCAGCGAAGAGAAACAAAACACAACCCCGGCACCGCCACGCUCUCCCUCCUUCUCCUCUCGGCUUUUGGUGGUUGUUUUUUGGGGUGUUUUUUUAAAUUUAUUUUUUCUUUUAAUUUUUUUUUUCUUGGGGAUUCUCCUCUCUCCUGCCAGACUGACUUACACGUUCUUGAUAAUUUCUCUUCCCCUCAUUUUUUAUACUCUUCUCCCUGCUUCCAAACCCUGUGUCUGUGUGUUUCAAUACUAUCACAACCUCUGCUAAAAAUAGAUCUUUUUAUACCCUUCCUCCUCUCUGACCCCAUCCAACACCCCUUGUUAAGGUAACUAUCUUAUACCCAGAGCAAGAAAAGUAAAUUCCCUUGGCUGUCCCAUAUCUCUAAGGAACCUGAUGCAUGAGUGGACUAGAGAAGAGGCAGAGAGAAAAACUCCCAAGACCUACAGAUCAUCUGGCUGGCAGGGUCAAGUUUUCUCUGGAUUGAGGUGGAACUGUGGCUUAUGGACAUCUGAUGUGAUAAACCAUACUCAACACUUUUAGAUACCUUGGGACUGCAAAAGCUGACCACCGACAGCAGGUUUUUAAAUAUCGCUGCUUUUCUGAUAAGUUGAUUAAGUGAAUAGAAGAAAAAAAUAAAAAAAACGAAGCUACUUUCAAGUAUUGAAGAUACAAGGCCAGGAUGAACACGAAGGACGGAAAAGUGUCCGAAGGAGGUCUCAAUGUCACUCUUACCAUACGCCUUCUCAUGCAUGGCAAGGAGGUUGGAAGCAUUAUCGGAAAGAAAGGUGAGACAGUGAAGAAGAUGAGGGAGGAGAGUGGUGCUCGAAUCAAUAUUUCAGAAGGCACUUGUCCAGAGAGAAUUGUGACAAUAACAGGCCCAACAGAUGCAAUUUUUAAAGCUUUUUCUAUGAUUGCACUAAAAUUUGAAGAGGACAUCAACGCUUCGAUGACAAACAGCUCAGUGACAAGCAAACCGCCCGUAACACUGCGGCUCGUCGUCCCAGCAAGUCAGUGUGGAUCCCUCAUAGGAAAAGGAGGUUCCAAAAUCAAGGAAAUCAGGGAGUCCACAGGAGCGCAGGUGCAGGUGGCAGGGGACAUGCUGCCCAACUCGACGGAGCGCGCCGUGACCAUCUCCGGCACUCCCGACGCCAUCAUCCAGUGCGUCAAGCAGAUCUGCGUGGUGAUGCUGGAGUCCCCACCCAAAGGUGCCACCAUCCCCUACCGUCCCAAACCUGCCUCUGCACCUAUCAUUUUUGCAGGUGGCCAGGUAAGAGCAGACACCAUUUUGGCUUCAGCUGGAAACCACACCGUCCUGGCCCAGCCUCAGCCAGCGCCUGCAUUCACGAUUCAGGGGCAGUAUGCCAUCCCUCAUCCAGACGUGAGUCCAGCACAUUUGACCAAGCUUCACCAGUUGGCUAUGCAGCAUCCCCCCUUUACUCCCCUUGGGCAGACCACCCCUGGUUUCCCUGGACUGGAUGCCACUACUCCAACCAGUUCCCAUGAACUUACAAUUCCCAAUGAUUUAAUAGGCUGCAUUAUUGGCAGACAAGGCAGUAAGAUAAAUGAAAUCAGGCAGAUGUCAGGAGCGCAGAUCAAGAUUGCUAAUGCCACAGAAGGCUCCGCAGAACGACAAGUUACAAUCACAGGAUCCCCUGCAAACAUCAGCUUAGCACAGUACCUCAUUAAUGCAAGGCUGUCUUCAGAAGUUACUGGCCUGGGGGCUCUGUAAUGUAUCUCAUCAUGCCCUAGUGCAUUAGCCACCAGACAGGACUUUUCCAAAGCCCCAUGAGACAAUGCUUUCUAUGGACUAAUCUACAGAAGAGUUUCUGCCAUUUCUAAUUUUCUUAUUAUUCUGAGACAUCAAAAGAAAACACUUCCUUUACUCUUUAAGCAACUGUGCUUCCUAACUCUUGUGUUGCUUUCAUUACUGUUCCAGUUUUAACACUAUUGUGGCUCAUAACAUAAAGCAGAGACAAGUUAUUUUCGGGGGUUGAUUUUCAUUGAUGUUCAUGCUUUGGCUAAUCUGUAUAAAAGCAUGGGCCGUUAGUGUUCUAAACCACUGUAUUAUUCAGCUAGAGACUCGACAGUAAGUUAAAUGAGACGUUUUUAUAAAUAAAUUUUUUUCCUGAUUAAAAAACAAACAAAAAAAAGACGUGGUAGCUUUGUGCAUACAACUGUUGUGUUGUUUAAACUUUGUUCUUUGUAACCGAGUUGCUAACUUGUCAUUGAAGAAGCACUAUUUUAUGGAUUGUCAAACUGAGAUCACAGACAAAUUGCUUGUUUUCAAUUAAUGAUUAAAGGUUUCAUAUCAUCACGCUUAAGGUCCCAGUGCUCAUUGGGAAACAGUGUAACAUCUGUGCAAGACUGGCAGCCUUAGUAAGGAUGUUAGCUCAUUGUCAGGCAUGAUGAGUAUCUUCAGGACUAGAGGGAGCCAGAUUGUGCAAUUAGUAGAGUCAGCAGUAUUUCUACAAAACUUGAUUUGGUUUUUAACAAAGCUGCUCAUUGAGAACUUCUCACACUGCAUAGAAAAGACAAAUUUGGCUUCAUGUUACAAGCAGCCACUGAUUUGUAUCUCUGGUCUUUUCCCAGACUGAGCUAUAGAUCAGAUACUGGGGAAAGGAAAACAGGAAUGAAAGAAUGAACUUGGAUGCUGAGUACUGUAUUACUGAGGCCCUUUGUAAUACAUUCCCAGCAGCACUGCCCAGAGGCUUCCAGCCUGCACCUUCCACCCUGCCAGGAGCCAGCCCAGGCCCUGGAGGAGCACGGCAGUGUGCAGCAGGACGGGGAAUGGAGAGCUGAGCAGGCCCAGGAGCUGUCUCCUGCUGCCCUGACACUCUGCUCCAGCUGUUCAAACCCUCCUUUGGAUCUGCUGAAGCGCUGCAGUCACAGCCCUGAGUUCUCCCUUCACACACAAGCAAAAGGAAGGGGCUGGCCCCAAGCUGUUGCUGCCUUACAGCCUCCCUGGCUGUGCUCUGGCCACCUCUGCUCUUAGAGCACUGGCAGUGCUGUCACAGGCACUGCUCUGGCCUCAUGAGAAAGCAGCUUUUCUGGCAGCAACCUCCAUCUCCCUACUCUGUUAAAGGUCCCUACCUGCUUUCAGGGCUUGAGCCUGGGGUCCUGCUUCCCCUCCCUGCCCCUCUGAGCUUACACGACGAUUUAUCCUCCGUGGUCUCCAGGGUACAGAGAGCUCUCCAGUGCCUGGAAUCGGGGCACGACCAGGACGUACGUGCAGACUGGGAGACCUGUAGAAAUCAACAGCUUCCUCAAUACAGAUGCAGCCACACAACACCCCCUGAUGAUGAAGGGUGCCAAGGGGUAUCCUUACAGAACAGCUCACUGCACCCCAGCACCCAGGAGGCCUGACCCAAUGUUGACAAUUAGCUAUUCCAGCUCUUAGAAAAACUAUAGGCUGUGAUACUAAUUUGAUAAAAUUGUCUGUUAUUAUUACUUAAAAUACAUUUUUAUUACUUGAAAUGUAUUUAACUUCUCAUUCUUUAAAGGAGAUCUGAAGCUGCUUUCACAGCAGAGACCUCCAUAAGUCUUCAUUUCUUCAACACCAAAAGCUAUUUCUAUGGCUAGCCUGGCUACUGUAAAUGAAAAAAAAUAUAUAUUAUUGCAGCUCAACACUAAGUAGGUCAAAGCUUUGCUCUCCCAGUAAAGCUGCCAGGCAAAGGGCAGCAGCAGCUCUGGGGUGUGUAGUAUCUUUCACAUGAAUAAUUCACAUGUGGCUUGCAGAAGUGAAAGAUUUAAACAAACUAGUGCAGGGGCACAUUUGUGUGAGGAAUGAGGAGAGGUAAAUAAAGACAUAUAUACUAAGAAGGAAGUAUUCUGAGAGGGUUUUUGCAAAAAUGCAGGCAGAAAUGUGAUAAAAUCUAAGCUUGUUUUAAUUUCAUUAGUUUAGUUGGAAAAUAUUUCUGAAUGGCAAGAAAAAGCUCCUAAUAUCUUUAAUAUACAAAACAGACAAACAAAAGACAAGAUGGUAAAGAAAAAAGGGGGGGGGGGGAAAGGGUAAUGAAUAAUAGUAAGAAAAGUAGAAAUAGAAAAGUAAACCACUCAUGCCCAAAGGUAGAUAAGAGGAAGCAUGUAUUCACUGUGAAAAGGUCACUGCCCACACAAAUGUGAGUUUCCAGAUGAAAGACAGCACAAAUUCGGCUUUUGCGUCAUCAAAUUGGAAUUAGGUUCUGGAAGCAUCUCAAAAGAAUUCAAGCAGCUCUGUUGUGUUUCUCAAGUGAAAAAACACUGACAGCAUGAAUGCUAGCUGAAACCAGAAGGAAAAUAAACAAAGUUAGUCUUCUGCUAAUACAGAGUGGUUUCUGUUCUCAGGCAUAGCCAGAGGGCAUGUGUGGGCCCCAAGGUUCACAUUUGGGCCAGUCAGGCUCCCAGGCAGCAGCAGAGUCUCAGUGGUGCCAUGAACAGAGGCACCUGGGAAGUGCCUCAGCCUCAGAGGUCUGCACAGGCAAGGUGCUGUUUGUCAGGUUUCACAAAACAGUCUGAAAAUGCAGUUUCUUCCACAGCCUUAACACCAGCUGAAUGUGUUUCAGCACUGUUUGUAUUAUUGGGACAGGACCUUCCCCUUCUGGAGUGAGUGUCAUGAUUAUCUAAAAGUCACAGUGCUCACUGCUCCAGGGGCUCAACAGUGGCACAGCUUCUGCAGGGAGCACUGUCAUUGUCAGGCUGCUCAGCUGGGUGACACAAAGGGUGUGUUUAUUAAAGGACAGCAUCCAAAGCAGGGAUUUGAACAGAGAUCUCUCCUAUCCCCUGUAACUUCUGCAGCCACCAAUGGUGCAAGGUAUUAGUGGCUCCACUGUAUUUUUGGAAGAAAGACCUGGUUUAGAUGUCUACACAAAGGAACUGCUCACAUUUGUUUUCUCAGCUAUCGGGCCAGGAUAAUUCUAAUGAACUGAUGAACAGAAGAUCAAAUGAAGGCAGACCCUGAAAACCUGCUUCACACCUGAAAUUUCCAUCUCUUGGCCCGAGCCACGCUUUCUAGGGGUGUAAGUACACACUGCCCUUCUUGGCACUGAAGUGUACUUAAUUCCUUGGUUCCAGGAAUCCAGGUUGAUUAAAUCAGUUUCUGCAUCAGAGCAUGUGUCCUGUCCCCCUACAGACUGGCAUGUGUCUUAGGACAGUAACUGAAAUUAAAGAGUCAAAGUCAUUUGAUGGUACCUAACAAAAGGGAAUUUCUGUACCAUUACAUACUCACACUGUGGUUUCUAAUGACACCUGCUACAUGAUUCAUGCAGGCUGAAUGUCUGAUUUUCUAGAACAACCUUUAUGGAUUAUAAGAAAAUAAGUAUUUUUAAGUGCUCAAAAUAUUUUAGUAAUAUGGCUUUUCUCAUUUCUAGCUCAGUGUUUUUAAGAUGAUAAAAUGCAGAGAAUAAUUAUAGUGGAAUGUAAUAAGCAAAAUUUGUCUCUCUUCAAAUUGAAUUUAUUGGCAGGGGGCCUGGCCAAAGCUGACGUCAAUGUUCUUUUCAAUCAGUAUUUGCAAUUUGAAGCAAAUUUUAAAAUUAAAUGCUGUAGUGGAGGAAAAACAAUCAUGUUAGCAAAUGAGAACAUUGGUUUGCUGUUAUUUGGGUUUGUUGGUUUUGUAUGGUCACUUUUGGGCUCCUCUGUACCAAAUACAGACCUUGUUCCACAUUUAA